UAUAGUUUUGACUUAUGACUUUUGUUGACGGCUUGAGAUUGUAAUAACUUGUUAUUCAUUUUGAAAGUAAAUUAAAUAUCAUUUCUCAAUAAAACGAUAAUGAAAACUGUGUAAAAAUCUAUAGCGAUGUUGAACCAAACUUCGACGGAAGCUUUGCUUUCGGCCACUUAUGUUGAAAAUUACUUGGAUUGCGUGGAAAAUCUGCCCAAUGACCUGCAAAGACAUUUAUCGCGUAUGCGAGAAUUAGACGUGACUUAUAGAGAAUGCCUCCGAGAUGCUGAAACACACUUGGCAGUAUGCAUAGGGACUAACACGGAAGAGCGUCGUCGCGGAAGGGCAGCGAUACGCUUACAAACUGCUCUAGUAGCUGCACAAGAGAUAGGCGAUGAAAAACUACAAGUGGUACAGCUCCUGCAAGAUCUUAUCGACAAUAAGCAACGUUCACUAGAUGGUGAUCAUAAGAAACUCGUUUCCUGUCUGGAAGUAAAUACUAAUGGUGCAACAAAGGAAGCAUCUCCACCCCAAGUGCCCGAGCCUCGUGCAGUGGAGAAGGAAGUAGUCACACAGCCGGUGCAGCCUCAGCAUGUGCCUCCUCCUCCACCGCCUGAGAGGCCCACUGAGAAGGAAAAGGAGAAGACGGAGAAGGAUAAAUCUGGAGGUGAGCGGUGGUCGAAACGUGCUCGGCGCUCGCGCGCGACGGUGGGCGCGGCGACCGACGGCGCGGACUCCAGCGAGCGCGACAGCGAGCGACACACGCACAACACGCAACACAAGAAAGGCAUGGGUAAAAAGAAAAAACGCAAAGCGCGCCAAACAGCGCAGCGCUCAGAGACGCCGCCCGAGGAAGCGGACGCGAUCGACCCCGACGAGCCGCGCUACUGCCUGUGCGACCAGAUCUCAUUCGGAGAGAUGAUCCUCUGCGACAACGACCUCUGUCCCAUAGAGUGGUUCCACUUCUCCUGCGUCUCGCUCACCACCAAGCCCAAGGGCAAGUGGUUCUGCCCCAAGUGUCGCGGCGACCGACCCAACGUCAUGAAACCUAAAGGACAGUUCCUCAAAGAACUAGAACGGUAUAAUAGGGAAAAGGAGGAGAAGGCAUAGUGAUUGCUCGAGAGGAAGUGAGAUGACUGACUGUAAUAGCCUCUAAAUAGUUUCAAUUUUUUGAUUAAACUUUUUGUUAUACAAGCAAAUCUGAGGCACGCUUUAUUUUACUCCACGCACUGACAAGGCUGUGCUACGGCCGGAUAGUUACAUUCAUGCGGGAACAGAAUGCGAUUGUGACAAACAGACAGACAGUAAAGUUCACAGAUUAAUCAAAAAUGAUUGAUCAAAAAAGCGAUGCACCUAAUAUAUUAUUUCAAACAAAUAGGUAGUCUUAUACUUUAUUGACACCAAUAACAAAAUCUUAUUCAGAGUUGCUUCUGAUGAACAAUUUUACAGUUCAACUCUAAAAUUGUUCACGUUAAAAGUUUCAUGAGAAGUUAAAUAUGUAAUUUAAUUACUUAAAUAGGUAUUUUUUUUUUGUAGAAUACCAUGAGAAAUGAAUGAAACCAGGCACAUAGCCAGGAAGGGAUUGACGGAUUUGAUCCUUGAAAGUUUCUAAUAUUAUUGUAUAAUUUAUGUAUGUGUCGUGUGUAUAUGGAUUAGUUAAUUAAUUAUUAUUUAUUAGAGAAUAAAUAAUUUCAAAGAUUUACUUUUUUAUUUAUUAGAAACAAUUUUAUUUUAUAACGCAAUUAAUCGUCAGUUUAUUGCAAGAACGCCUUUAUUGCAAAAAUCUUCAACAGAACAUAUUUACUGUAGGGAGGUAUUAUGACGUCAUCUCACUUAGCCCCAAUAGACUGGUGUCUAUCUGACAUGAGUAUUUAUAAUGUGAUGAAUAAAAUAUUCAUAUUUUAUAAUGUGAACAGAGAAUUUAAUAUUUUAUUGCCAGAAUAAGAAGUGAAUAUUUAAUAUUUUGAUUUUGUUUUUUAUUCUAAGAUCAUUCAUUUAUUACAUCCCACAUUAACAUUAAUAUAACAAUAUAUUAUUACACCCUUCUUUUUACACAGAGGUAAUAUAACCAUUUUAACAUAACCAUACGAUAUUUUCGCUAUACUCCGUCGCCUGUACUUCAAAAGUAAGUGUGAUGUAAUUUAUGAAUGUUCCCCUGGCAAACUUGUAAAUAUAGUAUGUUUCCUACGUAUUUAGGAAGUUAAUGACAUAAUAAUAGUGACUUAAGUACAGCGGAUAUGUAUAACAAUUCUGUACAGAAAAGUUUUCUAAUGCAGUUGAAGCUAACAGAUUUAAUUUCGUCAAUUUAAAUAUAAGAUUCUAAAUUA